UUAACAUUAGCAUUCGACGGAAUCACAAAGACUCGGCGAUAGCGAUAUCGCAGGUAUAAAUUAGCGCCGAGAGACCGUUUUUUCCUCAGAAUGAGUCUCGCGAUCUCGUCGUUGAGUGCGUCCGAUAUCGCGAGUGUUCCUAACGUAUCCAGCAUUCAUUCUCGGAGUUAUUUUUUUUUUUUUCACGCGAACGACGAUGAGCGGCGACGAAAUCUCGCGAUUGCGAAGGAUGCUUCGCGAAUGCACGUUCACGCCGUGGAUGUGCCUGUGGAAGAUAAAGUACAUCAGAAAUCUCAUGGAUGCGAUCCUCAAUAUAGCCGUAACGUGGAACUUCGAGAAUGAGGUUGAGAUCUAUGGAUUCGUCAACAUACGUCGCCGACAUUGGAUACGACAGGCGAGACUGAAGCAACGGCGAUUCUUAAACUCCUUAUGGUGCGACCGGCCGUCCUAUAGAGAAUGGGAGAGGCGCUCCCCUGAUAUCUACGCCGACAUCUUUCGACUGAGAAGAUUGUUCGACAUGGAGCCGCUCGUCUCGGAUCGCGCGUUUAAAACCGAGGAUUUCUGCGACGACGAUUCCCCCGUGGAGAUAUGGUACCGCGACGCGAGCUCGCUCGAGGAAACGAGCUCCGUCCGUACGGAGGACGAAGGAUUUUAA